AUGGAUGAUCUGCCAGAUGGUGAAGGGCAAUCUGAUAUACACUCUACUGACGCAAAUUGGCUGUCCUCACAUGAAGAGCAUAAGUUCCAAUCCAUUUCCUUGGCUAAGCAGGACCACAAUUCGGAUUUGGCAGAUUCUUCUCUUAACUGUAUGAAAGGUGACCAUUCAUUUUGCGCUUCUCAGGAAUUAUGGUCUACUGGAUCUCUAUCGAGUCCAAUACCCAAUGGAUUUUACUCAAUUAUACCGGAUAAGAAACUGAAGGAGUGUUUUGACGCCAUUCCUUCUCCUGAUGAUCUAUAUUCCCUUGGAAUAGAGGGCUUCAAGGCUGAGAUGAUUCUUGUGGACUUAGAGAAGGAUAAAAAGCUAUCUGCAAUAAGGCAGCUAUGUGUAGCUCUGGUAAAAGGAUUGAGUUCUAACCCAGCCGCAAUGAUAAAAAAGCUUGCAGGUUUGGUUUGUGACUUCUAUAAGCGACCAAAUCCACAGCUCAGCCCUGCAAGAACUUCUUCUGAAGAAAAUUUUCAUUUCAUGGAAAACAAGGGAAUUCAAUUGUUGGGGCAGAUAAGACAUGGAUCUUGUCGGCCCAGAGCAAUUUUAUUUAAAGUCCUUGCUGACUCUGUUGGUAUAGAUUCUAAGCUGUUGGUGGGCAUUUCAGAUGAAGAAUCUCAUGAACACGAUGACUCACCCAAACAUAUGUCUGUUGUUGUUAUGCUGAAGUCCAUGGAGUUUCUCGUUGAUCUAAUGCGUUUUCCAGGACAACUAAUUCCAUUCUCAUCCAAUGCUAUAAUCACAUCCCAUAUAUCUGCUGCUGGAGAGAGUGACUCUGCUGACUAUGAUUCUUGUGAUUCUCCUCUUGAACCGAAUAGUCCUUUGUGCUCUCAACGGCAAGAGCAAGAUGAAAACAAUAGGUCAUUUAAAGUUCCGUCCCUAAGAGACAUCAUGCACCGAACUUCAAACUCUAUGGAGGGCAAAUUGAGAUGUUCAUCACAUAGUGAACCAAAUGUUGCCAAUGCCUUAUGUGGACGCCGUGGGAGGAAAGCUAAUGAACAUCAAAGAACUGCCAGUUCAAGUCCAGACCAUCCAUUGUCCAGAGCACAUGGGCGCUCAAACUUGGGUGACAGACAGUACGGAGAUGGUGUAGCUGUAUCAAGGUCAGAUGGUGCAUCAACGUCAAGUGCGCGGAGAGGACGUCCAAAAAGUAUGAGUACAUCCCCUGAAAUUGGUGAUGACUUUGCGAGGGCAGUUAAAGAAAUGAGUGAAAGCAUGAGGAAAAAUCGCCAUUCAAGGGCACAUAAUGAUGGUAGUCCAGGACAUUCAAAUGAUUCACAGAGAAAAGAGGAAUCAGUAGGUGACCUCAACGAUGAUGAGGUGUCAGUAAGAGAACCAAAUGUUCAGGAGGGUUCAAGAAGGCACAUUAUUACUCAGAAGGCAUUGUCAUUACCUUCAUCACCGCAUCGGUUAGGUAACCAUGGUUCUAAUCUUAGAGAGCCAGCUGACUUCCUUACAGCAGAAGAUCUGAUGUCCACUUGGAAUAAAGCAUUGCAAUCUUCACCAUUUCUGAACAAGCCAUUAUUGCCUUUUGAAGAAUGGCAUAUUGGGUUCUCAGAGAUUGCUGUUGGCACUCGUGUUGGAAUAGGUUUUUUUGGGGAAGUUUUCCGUGGCAUCUGGAAUGGAACAGAUGUAGCUAUAAAAGUAUUUCUGGAGCAAGAUUUAACAAUGGAGAAUAUGGAAGAUUUCUGCAAUGAGAUCUCCAUACUUAGCCGUCUCCGACAUCCCAAUGUCAUAUUGUUCCUUGGUGCAUGUAUGAAGCCUCCUCACUUAUCCCUAGUCACUGAAUAUAUGGAAAUGGGUUCCUUGUACUAUUUGAUUCACACAAGUGGCCAGAAAAGUAAGAUCAGUUGGCGAAGGAGGCUAAAAAUGCUCCGUGAUAUCUGUAGGGGUCUUAUGUGUAUGCACCGUUUGAAGAUAGUUCAUCGUGAUCUAAAGAGUGCGAAUUGCCUUGUUAACAAGCACUGGACAGUCAAGUUAUGUGAUUUUGGGCUCUCUCGGUUAUUGUCGAAUUCUGCAAUGAGUGACAACUCAUCUGCAGGCACUCCAGAGUGGAUGGCUCCUGAGCUUAUUCGUAACGAACCAUUUACAGAAAAGUGUGAUAUCUUUAGCCUCGGAGUUAUCAUGUGGGAGCUUUGCACUCUGAGUAGGCCCUGGGCAGGAAAGCCGCCAGUUCAGGUUGUUUACUCUGUUGCGAACGAAGGGGCAAGAUUGGAAAUACCAGAUGGACCUUUGGGUAGCUUGAUAGCAGGUAUGUUUAAGUUUAUUUACGAAAAAAGGCUUUUGCCCUGCUUUAUUAUAUAUAAAGCAACGAUCAACAACAACCCGGUACAAACGCAUGCCAGCACAACACACGCACACACCCAAGGCAGGAUACAUAGGCGCUGA